CCUUUUGGUUACGCGGACGACGGAUGAUGAUGGCGAUGUUGUCUUGUUGGUGGUGUCUGCGUCUUCUGAGCCGGGGGUGGAGGCUGAUGAGCCGCUGAGAGAGUCGUAUCCUUCACAAAACCCUUGCCAUUUCACGCAUCGCUGGCAUGAGGGCGUCACUUCAUCGCAUUUUAGGUGUCGGCCUUACAAGUAAUGCAUCCCGUUCGAACCUUAUUGGCACUCGCCCGAGUAGCCCGUGGUCUUUUCUGUAAAGCAAACGUGAGAAUUCGCGGCCUGUCAUUGUUGCCACCAUUCCUACUACAAAUCACAUUGUCAGCGCGCCGCCGUCCUGUUAUUCCCUUUCUCUCCGUUUGCCACCAACCAGAUCUGUGUGUUCGCUGCCAUGCAUGUCGGGAUGGGGGUGGGAUCAUACUUGGGGUCCGUUGCGUGUCCCGCUGGUUCGGUCCAUGCCACACCAGGUGUACGGGGCAUCAAGAAGUUGAUUUGGCUGCCGCCGUAGGUGCAAGCAGAAGAAGUCAUUGCUCGUCUUCGUUCCUAUCUUAGAGAAUAGAGAAGAGGAGAUUUGAAAAUCUUGGAAAUUUGCUUUCAGCAGGGCGAAUCUCCCGUCUUUAAGAGUGAAAAGCAUACUAUCAACAAGAGC